GACGGGGUGUUUACAGUGGCCGAGCACAUGAUUAUGCUGGCCUUUGGCGGGCCUGCCCUGUGGGGGCAUUUGUCACUUGCUUUUUCCCCAUCUUCCUGGCGUGUGUUAUAAGUGGCUGAGAGUUAUUUCUGGGCCUACCGAAAGCAAUUAGAAAUAAUCAUUUGGCUAUUGGGAUUGUUUAUCUGGGACUGGCUUUGUGGGUGCUGUUUCGCUUUCUAAAGCCCCUUUAAACACAAAAAAAUUCUUAAGAAUUGCUUCAGAAGAGAAUUUCUGGGCAGUGUUAUGGGGUUUUUAAUGUUACUUAUAAAAGAUGUAAUUAUUUUAUAAUGCCCUGUAUCUUUAGAUUGCCAUCAAAGUGAAGGUGACGCCAAAGAUUAUUAAGUAGCCUUACUGGGAGCAUCUAGGCACCUUGAAUAGGUGUUGGGAAACCACUGAGGUCUGAUUCUUGAAGCCUUUAUCCCACAUUUGGCCUCUUUUGUCGUGCCAUCACAUAGUGGGAUAGUGUGCUGUUCUUUUUUACUUCAUCACAUGAAACAGUUAAAAAUUGGAAUGUUUGUAUAUAUUUAUCCUGACCAAAGUGAGGAUUAACUGUAUGUUCAAGUUCAAAUUAAUCUCUUUGCAGCUACAUGUGUAAAAGGCAGCUGUUGGUGUUAGACCUGAGAUAUGAAAGUUUGUUACUAUUUGUUUCUCUGUCACAUGCAUGGACUGUUAGCAGAAUUAGAUAUUUCCUUCUACAAAACAAGUUCUUGAGCAGGAGCUGUGUUUGACAGUUUAAUCUGUGUUUUGCUUUUUCCUGAACUUUUGAGGGGGAGGGGCAUAUUUAGUUUUGAAUGCUUGUGCACCUAAGUUCUGUUCAGAAAACUGUAGCUGUUGAUCUGUUGACAUUAAGGAGCUCCAAAGAGUACACUGCCUCAAGGAUUUCUUUAAACUACAUGCCUUUUAAUAUGACUAUUGCUCAAUUAUGCUUGUAGUAAUUUGUUAUGAUUUUGCCUGCAUUUACAGAAGCCCACUAUGUCAGGACUAGAUAGCUAUGUUGGGUUAUGGGAGUUCAUACCUGAAGCCCAGAAAAUGUCUGAUAACAUGACUGUCUCUGUGUAUCUCUAGGAAUUGUUGUAUCAAGACUGAAAUUCUUUGGGGACUUAACAGAUUGAAUUUUGUUGACAGUCUCAUGAAUAGGAGGAAUAUUUGCCAUCACAAGGAAUAUCUUGCCUAUCCUGCCCUUUUAAAUUCUUACUUGUUCCAACUAGCAAGUAUAGGCUUACUGUAAACAUGACAAACAUUGUAUGAGUCUUAUUACAAAAGGAAAACAUAUUGACAUAUUAGCAGCCAGUAUGCAAAGCCUAAUUGAUCCUAUCUUUAUUAAUCUACCUAGGGCGCAAUCCAAUCCAGAUGUCUGUAACCUUACAAAUACUGAGGAUUACAGCCACCCUAUGCAGAGUGAAAGGACAUGGAAAUGAAGGUCACUUCUGUGCUCAUACCACCUUGCAAAGCACAGAGAUGGCUGAUUUUGGCUGUCCCAAGUGUCAUGCCUCAAGAGUGUGAGAGAAGGAAGCUAAGUCACUGGCAGGAUACUUCGGCAGGGCCUUGUCUUCUCUUCUCCCCUCUUCUCCCUAUAUGGUUGCUCUUCAGACCUCGGAGAUGCAUGCAGCAUAUUUCUUUCCCUGCAAACUACAACUGGGGAAGAUAUGGCCCGUGGACAGCAGAAGAUUCAGUCACAGCAGAAAAAUGCCAAAAAGCAAGCAGGACAGAAAAAGAAACAAGGCCAUGAUCAGAAGGCUGCAGCUAAGGCCGCUUUAAUAUAUACCUGCACCGUCUGUAGGACACAGAUGCCAGAUCCCAAGACCUUCAAACAGCACUUUGAGAGCAAGCAUCCGAAGACUCCACUCCCUCCAGAAUUGGCUGAUGUUCAAGCAUAAAGUUCACAGGUGAAUACAUGGAACCUAUUGACUCUUCUACUUUCAGACAUUGCAUAACAAAUCUGCAGCGCUUUUCUAACAAACUGUUGAUCAGCAAAAAAUGAAGGGGCUAUAGAAACAUUCAUAUUUUUAUGCUGUUCCUCUUGGGCUUCAUGUAAAGACAAAUCUAUGUAUCUGUACAGUCGUGCCCUACUUGGAAAUUUGAAAAUUGGUUCAUUCUUAAAUUUUUUACAGUUGUAAUUAUAUUGAUGUUCAUAUUGUAUAAAAUAACUCAUUUAAUAAAAUAGUACUUUGAUUUUACAAUAUUACAGGUCAAAUGCUUGUAGAAAUUCUGUUUUCAGUAUCUAUUUCAUUUGCCUUAUAAAAUCUUAACAAGUGGACUUCUUCCCCAGCCAAAAAUAAGCCGUGUCAUUACUCUUAACACCCUUGCUAUUAACUAAGUCCACAUAAACUAGAAAAACAUUUCUCCAUUCAGUAUGCUGCUUAAUUUGAGCCUGGUUAUUUUCCUAAAACAUUCAGUGUCUUUGAUUGAAGAAAUAUGUUACUUCAACUCUUUAGUCUGGAGUGCCUGUUCUACUGGCCAUAAUGAAAUUUCACUCUUGUACAGAAGGGCGCUUUUAUCUUGGAUUUAUCCACUGGAGUUAUUUGCAUUAUCAGUGAAUCAACAUGUAAUAGAACUAAAGUUUCCUUUUUACAUGUUCUGAAUGGUUACACUUGCUAUAGCAAGAUGAAAUAAUUGAUCUCUGUUGUGAAGUUCUGCUGUGGAACUUCUUCAAUGCACCUAUGAGAAGUCGGUCACACUGGCUAUAUUAGCAUGUAAAAAUGACUACUGUAAUUGUUUCCUUGUCUGAAAGCUUAUUCAAAGGAACAGGAUAGCUCUUGAAAUAGAAAUUAUGGCUAAUUAUGCUUUGAUUAAUUGGAACUGAUAAAUGUGACUGGGACAAUGCCAAUCUUUUGCUAUCUAGCAGCCUUGGUUUAUUUUUUAUGGAUCACCUAAAAUAUGUUUUGAACAAGAUUCUAAUCUCAGGUGCAGAGUGCAAAAGUUUUGUCCCCGUUUUCCCCCUCUCUGAAGCUGUUUAUUGUGACAAGAUUUUUUGUUUUUGGGGGUUUUUUGUGUGUGUUUUGUUUUGAGGGGGGGCUUAUUUGUGAUUUGUAACCCAUUGGUUGGACAUCGAAGGAAACAUUUAUCAAAUUUUCCUUUCUUUGUGCCUAAAUUAUUCACCUUCUAAAUAGUUCUGUUAAGGCAAUUCUUCAGUUAAAAGACUGCACACACAAAUAAUGCUCAUUUGAUGCUCAAGGAUAAAUAGCAGUUCUGAUACCCUUCUGAUAAACCACUUCAGUAAAACUGCCUUUAAUAUAGUCAUUCUGGGGUGAACCUUACCAGUUAUAUAGCUGACUUGCACUUGUACACCUGACAUUAGAAUGUAGCUCUUGGUUCAUUUUGUUUCCUCACUUUAUAAUAUCAGCCUGCUCAUAAUUUGACAACUGAGUUCCAGUAGGCAAGAACUCUGCCUUCCAGACUGUUAUGGGGUGCUUAAAUGUUGAAAUUGAAUGUUUUCAUAAAGUAGUUGAAUGGGACAUUUGUUCACUAAUUUUACAUUAGUAUUCUGUUUUGAGGGGGAUCCCAAAAUGCUACUUUCAGACAGGUUCAUUCCUCAAGCUAAUACAUGUACUGUUUUAUUUCAGAAUGCUUAGUUAUAAAUAAGAAUGAGGGUUGCUUAUACAUUGUUUGGGAACAAUAAACCAUAAAUUUCUACUAGAUGUAGGACAAGUGACCCACAUCUGCAGGCUUUGUGUUCUUCUAAAUUGUUGUCAUCAGUACCCUGUCUGUAUUGGACAAGUUAGAGUUUUGUUUUAUACAUUAAAGCUGUUACAAAUUGAUAAUUUGUUUUUAACCAGUUAAAACCCACCAAAAACAUUGGAUGUUCAGCACACAUGGGAACUAUAGGGGGAAUGGAGUGGGGGUGGGGCCCUGAGGCGGUAGGAACCUUGAAUACUCUGUGUUGAUUUAAAGAGAUAGGGAUGAGUGUGGAAAAAUUUCCUCUUUCCAAAUCUUGUGGAUGGUACCCUGUUAAUUCUGGCUAAAAAGACACAAUUGUGCAUUGUAAUGUGUCUGAUUAAAAUCUUUUAAAAAGCAAAA